AUGUCACCAUCAAAGCAAUCAGACAGUCUACAGGCAACGAAUCAACCUCGGCCACCUGUACCGUUCCAGCUUACAUUAUACCCACCAUCGCUACGGCCUAACCAGUACUACACUCCAAAAGAAGAAGAGGUUCUGAUUGAAAUAUCAACCGAUGAAGAGCUCGAUCAGGAUGAAAAAUACCCAGAAGAAGCAACACGAAAUAUCGAACAACUCAUUGAAGAAUCAUCAGAUAAGGGGCUUUUUCAUGCCAAAUUGAAGCGAUUAGAGAAGGAAAGUUUACGCCGAUUUGAAAACAAAUGGACGGGGAUAAUAUCAAAGUACCUGAAUAUAAAUGAUGAACGUGAAAGUGAUGAGAUUGAUUUGGUGACUGGAGACAUUAUCACCAACAAUGGCCAUUUGCAUCGACUUCGGAGUGGCGAUGAUGAUGGCAAAAGAAGACGACGGCUAACCACUUUCAAAUUGUGGAAACAACACGAGGAUACAAGACAUGAUAAUGCAACUGUUCGAAAUAGACUACGGAAACAACUUGACGAAAAAGCUGCUAUUAAAAAAGAACGAGAAAGAAACAUGAGACGCAUGAGGAUCCCAUCACCACUGAAAUCGAGUAGCAACUCAGUUUUAACGAGCGCAGAUUCCUUGCGUCAUGUAUCUCCCACUAAAGGACAAGUCCCCAUUGGAGUUGAUACUGACGAAUCACCCACCAAGAAGCGCAAAAUAUUCAUUCAACAAGAUUCUGAGAUCUCCAAUUCCGAGUAUAGCGAGACUGAAACCAAUAUGUCUAGUGACUAUUCAGUCGAUAAUGGAAGCGAAGCUGACAAUACAGUUGAGGAAGAUGAGCUGUAUGAAGAGUCUAGUGACGGUUCCGAGGGAGACAACGAAGAGGAAAGCUCUGAUAAUGAAGAGAGACAGGAGGCGGUGCUGCUGCUGCUGCUGCUGCUGCGGAAGGGAAAUUAUUUUAGCCAAUUUAGUUCAUCUAUAUUGAAUGCGCCUAGAUUGGGCUUGGAUGAGGGUCCGCUUUCACGAUCCACGCCAGAGCCAGACUUACCGUCAGAAAACAAAAGAGCGAGCCUGCCAAUGAAGAAGAGAUCGGGAAUUGAGUUUGGCUUGAUUCCAAUGAAACACAAACCACAGCCAUCGAAAGUGAAAUCGAAGCGUUUCCAGCAAAGUAGAAACGACUCCAGUGACAACGACAACUCCAUUCACAACCUUAGUCAUUUGUUUUUGGAGCAUUCCCUGCCCAAACCAAAUAAGGUUCACAAUCAAGAUCAGCGAGAACGAGACGAAAUUGAACCUUCGCCAUUUCUUGAUCAGUCGCUGCCAUUGAAUUCUCCAGCUAAAAACGAUGACAAGCACCUCGAUAAAAAUGUAUUGAGUUUGCUAAAAUUGCAGACGUUGCCACCAUUAACUAAUAGAGCAUCAUGUGAAUCAUUUGAAGAGCAAAUUAGCAUUGUCGAAGAACCAUACUAUUUUAUGGGAAAUAUUCUGCCUUCUCCUGCAUCGUUACUGACACUCAAGAUUUUCAAUUGUUGUGUUACCGGCUGCUCAUUCUGUACAAUGAAUCGAAAGAUGUACGCAUCACACCUAAUCAAGCAUCAUUCAGAUAUACUUUACCAAUUGGGAUACCCAGUGGAGUUGGACACUAGACGCGACUCGAUGGCAACUGCAGAAGAUGUAGAGAGACAAGUUACCCCAUCCGAGAAAAGAACCUUGCUCAAUGAGUUCCCCUUGCGAUUCGAAAUCCCCGUUUCCGCAACUAGUGUUUAUAAAUGUGGCAAAUUAGUCAAUAAGGGUGACACUUCACCAUGUCAAAUGUUUUUCUUACAUUUUGAAGACUUGAUCAAACAUCAACAACGUGGGGAAUGUAAUUGCCAAACGCAGAUUAUCUUUUGUCCCAUCUUGGGGUGUGGAUAUAUGACUGAUGGCGGGUAUGAAGAAUGGCGCAAUCAUUUAAUCGAUGCUGGUCAUUGUCAAAUUGAACAUACACGGGAUGACAAGAGGAGAAGUGAACUGAAUGAUGUUGAUGCCGCAAAGGGCCACAAUGGAUCAAGUGCCGCUGACGCUGAUGAUCGUGACGAUGAUAGUGAUAUUGAGAUUGUGGAAGUGAGAACACUGACUGCAUUUCUGGAUGAUGCAAGUAGCAACAACAGUACGCGAGAUUCAACCUCAAUUGCAAGUCAAAAUCACAAUCCACCAUCGUCUAAUCCCAAAAAUCACACAAUUAUAUAG